AUGUUCUCCCCAGGCUGCCAGUUAUUAGCAUCGGGUUCGGUGAAUGGAAGGGUGAACAUUUGGGAGAAAGAUACGACCACAUGGAAUCUGAAAUGGACUUUUCCUGGCGCGAAUCAGGCCCGGUUUCUCUCAUUUUCAUCCGACGACUUGCUACUUGCUUCGAGCACAACUACACCGAUAAUACAUAUCUGGAACAUGAGAACCGGCAAAAUACAUCAAAAAGUCCAGCAACCCGAUGAUGUGGAGGCCGUGAGCUUUUCCCAGGACAACCGAUUUUUGGUAUCAGGCUCAGAUGAAACUAUACGAUUAUGGGAUACAGCUACAUGGGGGCUAAAACAGACAAUCUACACUGAAGGGGAUAGGUUUGCACUUUCUCCGGAUAACAAGUACAUUGCAUCCCGCGAGGAGUUAACAACCAUAAUUCGGGUGAGAGAAACAGGUGCUAUUAUUCAAUCUGCAAAGAGCCACUCGGCUUAUCCGAUAACUGCCUUGGCAUUCUCUUCAGACAGUCGUCUGAUGGCAUCAAGCGGAUAUGAUAACACAAUUCGGUUACGGAGUGUCACCCGUGAGAAAUCGCAACAAGACCUAGAUGGUCACGCAGACGCCAUUUUCGCUCAUGGAUUCUCCCCGGAUGGCUCUCUGGUGGUGACAGGCGGACUGGAUUGCAAAGUCAAAAUCUGGGAUGCAGGUACAGGCAAGGUCAAGAAAACUCUUGAAGUUGAAACAUCACUGGAAAUCGUGGCGAUUUCCCCAAACAAUGAGCUAGUGGCAACGAGCUCUCCAUAUGAAUCUCGUGAUGGGAAGCUUCUGGUGUGGAAAGCAGAGACAGGAGAGAGGCUUAUGGAAGAGGUAGUGGGUCGGCGUGACGAAGAUUUGCCCAUACAUAUUGAAUUCUGCUCCGACAACCGGCUGUUAUGCGCAGUGUCAAGGGAUCGAACUAUCACAGUGUGGGACACGAAAACGGGAGAUCUUGUAAAGAAAGAAACCAACGAAAUACUGGAGAGCGUUCUCAACUCCUUUCAGAACGAUUUCUAUCAGAAUGACACAAAAGGAAACCAGGAGAAUCAAAUGUCUCUAGAAGCUGUCAGACCUGUCACACCUCCCCUGAAAUGCCAGAUUUCAAUCGAAGACAAUUGGGUAAUUUCUGGAAAUCAAAAAAGCAUAUGGCUCCCCCCGGAUUUUCGGCCUGCACAUGGAAUUUGGGAUUUCAGAAACAAUACACUUGUCGUCGGAACAUCCAACAAUCGAGUUUAUUUUAUCUGGUUCAAUCCGGAGAUGAUGUCUGCUGAAAAGUUGCAGAUCCCGAGUGAAAUGGAUGAUUAUUCCUGGGAAUCGACUUCGUCUUUGCAGAGCUUCAUUCUCUGA